GCUCAAGAAGGAACCUACAGCCUCUUGGAAAGGAAUCUCACUAGGGGCUUGACUGCGUGGGUCUCUAGCGCUUUCACUGUAAGAAAGCAAGAUGCAUUUUAGAAACUUUAACUACAGUUUUAGCUCCCUGAUUGCCUGUGUGGCAAACAGUGAUAUCUUCAGCGAAAGUGAAACCAGGGCCAAAUUUGAGUCCCUCUUUAGGACGUAUGACAAGGACAUCACCUUUCAGUAUUUUAAGAGCUUCAAACGAGUCAGAAUAAACUUCAGCAACCCCUUCUCCGCAGCAGAUGCCAGGCUCCAGCUGCAUAAGACUGAGUUUCUGGGAAAGGAAAUGAAGUUAUAUUUUGCUCAGACCUUACACAUAGGAAGCUCACACCUGGCUCCGCCAAAUCCAGACAAGCAGUUUCUGAUCUCCCCUCCCGCCUCUCCGCCAGUGGGAUGGAAACAAGUGGAAGAUGCGACCCCAGUCAUAAACUAUGAUCUCUUAUAUGCCAUCUCCAAGCUGGGGCCAGGUGAGCAGGGCCCUCGGGUGGGAGGGAGGCAGGGGGAGACACAGCUGCUGCCCUGCACCGGGGAGCAGUACCGCCACUACCCCUGUAGCUCUCCUGAGCCCAUGCCGGCAUGUUUUGUGAGCUUCUCUGUAUUCUUCUGCGCCACCGUCCCUUGUGCUGGGAGCAUGCCUGCCUCUUGGCACCACCUGCAGUGUUAGAGAGACUGCGGCUGAUCGUGGGGACCCUGCAUCACGCCCCUCCACCCCCCGCAGUGUCCCAGGAAUCCAUUCCUGUGUCCACUGAGCACAGCCUGCGUGGGAGGCCUGAGCCCCGGCCCCAGGUUCUGUCGCUCCGGAUAGGGAUGAGUGAUUGGACUUUGGAAAGGGAAAAUCGAUGCCCCCUUUAAGAAAUGUUAUUUUUAAUCAAGAUAAAUUCGCCCUUUCCUGUGAUUCUCACCUGGCCUUCUUAAAGGAAAAGGGAAGGAGAACCAUAGGCCAUGGUGAGGGAAGGGCCGCGGUCGGGCUGCCCUACCCCAGGGCCCGUGGGCUGGUCCCCUACAGAGCUUGCUAAAGAAAGAGGAAGUUCCCGUCCUCUGGAGGGACAAAAGUGUGAGCACUGCGGGGAGGGGGUAGGUUCCUCAGGCUCUUUGUCCAAAAUGUGGGCCUUAACUGGUGGAAUUGUGAGCAGUAGAUGAGAUCAUCGAGUGAAAGGCACUUCCAUCAGCACCUGGCUCACAGUCAGUGUUCAAUGCAGGAUUUUUGAAAACCAUAAAAUGUUGGUGGUUCCUGUCCUGUCCUCUAGGGUUUGGGUGAGGAGGCAGGUGUGAGGGAGAGUCUUGGGGUGAAGAGGUUUGAGCCUUCUCCUGCUCUGUCCGUGGAGCAAGUCAAAUAAAUGCUGAGACCGUCAGCUCCUCAUUUCUCCUUGACCAGCAAUCUGAUGUUCCCUUGGGUUGAGGGUUUGGUUUUCUUGGUCCAUCAGCAGUUUCAUAUUGAAAAGAUUACAUUUCUGAAAACAUUGCCCAAACGGAAAUUCCCUCUGGGAUAAAGCAAGAGUCACAUUACUUACUGCUAAUUGUGGCGUGAAGGUCAAGAUCAGAAAUGGCCAUUUUGAGGAAGCGUGUGCUCCCCCUACAGCAGCUCCUGGUCCCGGGGCAUGAGUAUGGCUGAGGGUGUGGAGUCUUCCCCUAGGUUAGGAAUGGGAGAAAACAGGGUCUCCACUUGCAAAGAGGUGUCAACAGUUCCAGAGGCAAAUGCUGUUAAUAAAAAUUCUGCAUACUCCAGAAUAUACCACUUCCUUCACCGAGGGCUUAUUGGAGAAGGCUUUUUAGGAAAUAGACGUCAUAAAAUCAGUUUGUCCUUGGUUCACUUAACAGUGAGCUUGAAUGAGAUUUCAUAUUUCACCUGUGCUUUUCAACCAACAGGAUUGCGGAGAUUUUGCAAAUUAUGGUCCUAAACCCUGAGCUUUCUGGAUUUUCGCUGAUUAGUAGGUAGAUAAGAGACUUGAAAAGAGGUAGAUUUAUAAGAGGCUCUUAACCAGCAUUUUCAGCAAUCCAUCUGACCUCCCAUGCCUGAAUUCUCUCUCUCAGAGAGCUUAGCUCCUUUGCCUUUUUCAGUGCAGUUAUAAUAACAUUCCAGUCCCACGUGUGAUAGAGAAAAGAUCAGCACCUUCCUUAUCAGUAAAAGUACCUUCCAGGUUUAGAGGAGUAACCAGUGUGGCUGGAGGUAGGAAGCUCUCCUGGGCCGCUCUUGCCCGGUGGAAAUCACACAGUGGUUGGUGAGGUGCCUCCUCGCUUACCCGAACUGCAAAGAAAUCCCAAGCACAGGCCAGGCGCGGUGGCUCAUGCCUGUAAUCCCAGCACUUUGGAAGGCUGAGGCAGGCGGAUCACGAGGUCAGGAGAUCAAGACCAUCCUGCCAACAUGGUGAAACCUCGUCUCUACUAAAAAUACAAAAAUUAGCUGAGUAUGAUGGCAUGCGCCUGUAGUCCCAGCUACUUGGGAGGCUGAGGCAGGAGAAUCACUUGAACCUGGGAGGCGGAGGUUGCACUGAGCCGAGAUCUUGUCACUGCAUUCCAGCCUGGGCAACAGAGCAAGACUC